AUGAAAGGAGUAGGAUUAAGAUGUGUCUAUUAUAAGAGUUUUUGCAUAAAUGAUGAUGCUAACUGUGAAGAGAUAGAAUCAAUUGGAUAUGAUCUAUAAACAAAAUAAGAAUUUUGUGAAAAUUUAAAAGAUGUGGGGACUUGGACUUAUGUUCAAGGUCAUUUUGUACAAGAGUAAGUCCAUGUGAAAAUUAUGAUGUAUCUUAAGUAUUUGAUAAAGUAGGUACUUGUUCACUUUUAAAGGAUAAAUAUUCAAAAAGUUGUACAUCUAUUAAUAAUUAAAAUUGUAUUUCUAUUGGAGAUUGUUUUAAUUAUGAUAGUACUAUACAAUGGAAUUUAGGCCCAUAAUAAGACCUAGAAGAAAUUUAAUGCAAAUUAAUAAAAUUAAUUUAAGGUUAUCCUUGUAUAAAAGAUUUUUAUCGUAAAUGUAGAGCAUAAAUUUGUAGUGAUAAUGAUUCAAAUGUUAUUGAUUGUAUUAAUAAUGCUCCAUAAUGUAUAUAUUAUAAAUCAUAAUGUUUAAACAUAGUAGCAUGUGCAACAUAAAUAUAUACUGGAGGAGAUGAUUAAGAGGGAAAAGAUAGUGUGA